AUGCGCAUUCGCUGUCGCAACCCGGAUAUCCCCAUUGCGCCGAGCAUUUUGUCUAACCACCCGGGGACCGAUUCGAUACAAAUCGGAUUCGAAUUCUUCUGGCGAGGGGAACGGAAGGUUUACGGCUUUGUCUUGCAGUGGAUAGUGCCCACCACAUCGCUGGAGCGGCGCACAAAGCAGGAGAAGUCGAUGAAGGCCCUCUUUGUGGCCUUGCGACAAUCCCUGUCGCACAUGGACGAUAGGGACGAGUAUGGAUAUCCAAAUCCCUUUGGCUUGUCGCAUGCCAAGUUUGUCACGCAAAAUGGAGCCACUACGAUAUCGCGACACCCCUCCGAGGACCUGGAAAGCGGAAAAAUCACCAGGCGCGGGGGUGGACGCAGAGUACAGGGUGUGGUGAGUCCGGGAGGGAAGCGUCGAGAGGGGAAGAUGGAGGAUUGGCCGCGCGCCAAAAGCCUCCCCCCAAGUCAAAUCCCAAUCCCAAUCCAAGACCUUCCUGUUUGUGCCCGGAUGCAUGAAGGAAAAAUCGCAAAGCGCAAAUCGCAUGACCGAUGCUCAUCACAGAGUGUUGCUCAUGAUCUGCGCCGGCUGAGUUUACCCCUCCUCGGGACCGACGUAGUCUAG